AUGUUAACUGAGUCCAUUAUUAAUGGAAAUCUUGAAUUCAACGUUCCAGUAGAUGUUAUUGAUAAUGAAGUCGCUGAUUUGAUAAUAAAGUUGGAACUGAAAGAAGGUUUUGACCCACAUGUUGUAUUUGAUCCAGCGAAACAUAUAAUAUACAAAGACUCGGACUUUGAUGAAGUAAAAAAAUUUACUCUUGAUGACUUAAAAAUAUCUAAAACACAAGUUACCCCAAUUUCGAAUUUGGCCGUCACAGAUCCGGUUCCCAUCUUUAGUGAAGAAGCCUGUGACAUUAUGAAAUGGGAAGCUUUUCAAAGAAAAAAUAUAGAAAAGUAUGCAAAAAGUCCAUCUUUCUCUAGGUACAUUUCGGCUACUGACUUUCAAAUAAGCGGAUAUUUAGAUUCUGCUCCGUUCACGCUCGCUGCGUGGAAACACCCUAGGACUCAAGAUAUUAUAAACAAAUUCGCCGAUAUAAAUUUGAAGACAAUGUUCGACUAUGAAAUUGCAACGUUAAAUACCUCGCUCGUUGACAGCAGAAAGAAAAUAGAGACGGAGAAGAGUAAUGAAGAGCUAGAAGAGUUAAGUGAGGAUUCAAAGGCAUUAUUCGAUUGGCAUUACGAUUCAACCUCCUUCACUGCUGUCUUAAUGUUGUCCACCAAUGAUGACAUGAGUGGUGGUAAGACCGGUCUAAAGAAUGGUAAUGAAGAAGUCAUUUAUAUCAAUGGGCCAAAAAAGGGGUAUGUGACAAUUCUCCAAGGAAGAGUAGUAAAACAUAUCGCAACAAAACCUUUAUCAAAUGACGAACGGAUUUCCUCUAUUGUUGCUUAUAUUCCUGAAUCAAUCCAUGUACCUGAUACCACCGUUUUGACUACAGUUAGACCUUCGGUUUCUCCUAGAUCAUUAUAUAAUGAAUAUUACCCUCAAUGGAUUGACUAUCGGUUCAAAAGAAUCGAAGCUCAGUUAGCAGAUAAGAGACUAGAGCUACUCAAGAAAAUGAAAGAAGGAAAAAGAUUUGAGCAACUUGAAGUAGUAAGCUUCUGCAAAGACAUUUCUGAAUACUUAAAGAAAAGUUGGGUUGAAUUUGAAUCAGUAGUUGAGAAUGAGGUGUUUCCUCCAGAAGUUUUCAAGCUUCCUUACAAGGACCUCUGA